AUGUCCGCCAAACAGUCCGCCGCCCCGACUCGCUCUGCUAUCACCCUCAAGGGCUCUACCAGCAUCGUCACCGAGUUCUUCAAAUAUGCCGUGAACACGAUUCUCUUCCAGAGAGGCGUCUAUCCGGAAGAUGACUUUCACAUGGUCAAGAAGUACGGCCAGACUGUGCUCGUCACGCAGGAUCUAGCAUUGGAAAACUAUCUAGACAAGAUCCUGAAGCAAGUGAGCAAAUGGCUGCUUAGCGGAUCAGUGACGCAGCUGGUCCUUGCCAUCAUCUCCAAAGACACUCGAACUCCGCUCGAACGCUGGGUGUUUGAUGUUCAUCUUCAGGAGCCGCCCGCGGACGCGAGCGAGCCCGCGCAGCCAAAGCCCGAGUCUGAGAUCCAGGCGGAAAUCCGGUACAUCCUGAAGCAGAUCGUGUCGACGGUCACGUUUCUGCCCAUCAUCGAGGAGCCCACGGUGUUCAAUAUCCUCGCAUACACGAACGAGUCUGCGGACGUUCCGGCGGACGAAUGGGUGGACACGGACCCGCUGGCGAUCGAGGCGAGCAAGAGCCAGCAGGUGAAGCUGCGGAGUUUCAGCACGGACGUGCAUCGGAUCGAGGCCAUGGUCGCGUACCGCUACGAGGGGUGA